AGUGCCAGCGACAACACAACGGCAGCGACAUCGCGCGUUCCAUCCCAGCGGAAUAUCAAAUCGAGGAGCUCUUUCCCUCUCUCUCUGUCUCUUUCUCUCUCCGUUUCCUGGAUUCCACCAUCUUCUCGUCAUGGCGUUCCUGCGCAACGCUGCGCUGUGCCUUCUGGUGCCCCUGCUGCUCCUGGAGAUGGCUCACCUGUGCGACGGAGCCGGCACCCCCUGGCUGAAGUACAACAGUUACACGGCCCAGGGCCGCAGUCGGUCAGAUCAGCGUGAACGCUGUCCUCAUGUACGCGCCAUACGGAACUUUGAUUUGGCAAAAAUGAUGGGCUGCUGGCACGUGGUCCAGUACUACGCGUCCACGGAGGAGCUGCCGGAGUACGCCUGCAUGCGCAGUCACUUUAGCUUCUCCGGGGAGGAUCAACAUAUCACGAUGAACUUUAGUUACAUUUUUGCGGAGGAUCCGUUGCGGGAAAAGAUGCAGGGCAACAUUACAUGGAUGAUACCGGAGUUUCAGUAUCCCGGCCACUGGAUGCACACCGAGGAUAUCUAUGAGGGCGUCUACAACACCUAUGUGCUGGACACGGACUACCAGAGCUGGGGCCUGGUCAUGCAUUGUGCCGAGAAGAAGAAGCACACCAGGUACCUGUCAGCCCUGCUGCUGUCACGGGAGCCGACACUGGGCGAGAAUGUGGUCAACUUUCUGCGUGAGAAGCUGCCCCGCUAUCACAUCGACCUCUCCUUUAUGUUCGACAUUAAUCAGACGGCCUGCGAUAAUCUCAUGGAGUCCAGCAGCGAUGACCCGCUGGCCUACAUUGUGAACGGCCGCAAGAAUGCGAAGGAAAUGUUUAAAAUUAUAACCAAGCAAUAAAUUGGAGUACAUUUAAAUUUA